GUGAGUGGUGGCGCAGUGGAGUGAUGGCGCAGUGGGCACUGCUCCCUCCAAACAAAUGGGCUGCUGCUUCCUUGUGGAAAGGAAAGGAAAAACCCCUGCGCCAGACAUGCUCCCCGAGACACGAGAUGUACAGCACACACAUGCGAGACACGUGGAGACAGGGGAACUUCCAGCAGCACCAGCAGCCUUAUCUGAAGCCUUCACUGAGCCAUAGCCACUCUGGAGCAGCAGGGAGGAUGUUCCUAUGGGCUGGAGCCAAAGGCGGCGCUCAAAGAACAGGACAUGAGGGAAGGACAAUAUACCAAAAGAUCCGUGAGCAUGACAUCUUGGACAAGAGGAAGACGGUGACGGCUCUGAAGGCAGGAGAGGACCGAGCCAUUCUGCUGGGCCUGAGCAUGAUCCUAUUCUCCGUCAUGAUGUACUUUGUCUUGGGCAUUACUAUGGUGCGCUCCUACUCAGACAGCGUGUGGACGGAGGAGUCCAGCUGCACUGUGCUCAACUCUACUGUCGUGGCCGAGAUUAACUGCACCUACAGCUGCGGCUCCGAGUGCUGGAAGAGUUCCAGGUAUCCAUGCUUACAGGUGUUCGUCAGUCUCAACACAUCCGGCCGAGUGCUCCGGCUCUCCUACAACGAGGAGGCACAGGACUCCAACCCCGAGUGUUUCUAUGUUCCCAAGUGCCGCAAGGAUCACACUACCAUGCACUCAAUGGUCCUGAACAUCUCUGAGAGACUGAAGAUGCACCAGCAGGUGCCUUGCUACUACGACCCAGGCGAGCAGCAGGACUCCGUGCUGCUGACCAGACUCUACGGCCGCGGCGCCGUCUUCCACUCCCUCUUCUGGCCCACGUGCAUGUUCGUCGGGGGCACGCUCAUCAUCGCCAUGGUGAAACUCACACAGUACCUGUCCAUUCUGUGUGAGCAAAUCAGUCGGAUUAAAAGGUGAGAGACAGACGUGAUGACCGUGACUGCAGACUAGAUGAUCCCUUAUUUCCUCAUCUCAGGAAAGGUGGACAAAAAGGAGCUGGUGUGUGCUUUUUUAUUUGGACUCAUGAUGACUCGCUCAAUGAGAGGAGGAUAAGAGCAAGAGAGAUGUCUCUGACUGAUGUGUUUCUCACAGGCUUGGUCUCUCCCUCUUCGAGGCUGCACGCCACAGAGAGAGAGUUGCUUCCGUUUCCAGGCAGAGACGCAGUACACCGGUCCUGGAUACAGUGUGACAACUGCUUGCAGUGUCCAGGGCAGAGUUGACCUUCCAAAUCAGCACUCUUCAGAGAAACAUGCCCCCCUCCCCCAACAUGCCCCCCGCUCCCAAAACAUCCAAGCACCUCUAUCCAGCCUGUUUUGAUUUGAACACUUCUAUAAACACUACAUUCACAUCAGUUGAUACAUACACAAUGUGUGUGUGUGUGUGUGUGUGUGUGUGUGUGUGUGUGUGUGUGUGUGUGUGUGUGUGUGUGUGUGUGUGUGUUUGUGUGUUUGUCUGUGUAUAUGUGUGUUUGUAUAUGUUUGUUUGUCCACGUGGCAAAACUCACCCAUCUAUUCAGGUUGUGUUGACAUAGUGAAGAUCUUUUGUCCAAGACACAGUACAUGAAAGGGCACCCAGAAAAAUACCUUUCCAAUCUCGUCCCUUUGACUUGUCCCUAGGAAACGUGUGUGUGGGUGGAAGAGGGGAGAGGGAUUGUCACAACACAGAUUGGAUGGAGUCCAAUUGUACACCGAAGAGCAAAGGUCGACACAAGUGGCCAAAUUGUGCCGCUCUGUUGACAUAUGUUCCCUGUCUGGAUGCACAGAAACCUCAUUCCAAGCCAACACUGUGGGAUACCGCCUAAAGUGGAAUCAUGCUUCCUUCUAGACAAUGUGGUGUAACUCUGAGCAAUUGUAGUUGUCUGGGUGGCGAUUCUAGACAAAUUCCAGUUAUUCCGUGCUGUGUGCUCUUUUUUCUCUCUUUUCUGAGUGGCAGGGGGUUGCAACAUGACACAUAUCUUGUGCUCAUAAGCAUGCAUUUUCUUAAAAGUAAUCUGUAGUUGAAAAGAGUUGCCUAACUGAUGCAUAUUUUAUUAAAACAACUCCUGUGCAUCCUGACCAAAGCACUGCAUAUCUUUAAGUUAACCAUUGGUUGCAUUUUUGCUUCCAUAGUAGCAAUCAUCAGUUGCAGUCAGUCUUUCGAAAUGGAUGCUGAAUCACCUGGUUAUCUGUUUUACAUGAAACAGUUCUUGCCCUCCUUAAUAAAAAACAACUUCUACAAAUAAAAUAGACUACUAUCCAUCAGUUUUACACAGCCAGUGUUAACAUGUUUGGGUUUGUUAGAGUUUGGUUUGUGUGGUGUUGAUGAGAUCUAAUGGUAUAGCAUGGCGUUGUUCGUAGACAUAUGAAUUUUUAUGUUUCUGUCAACGAAGCACCAAAAAGGGACUGUAGCUUUACUGCUGAGAAAGCAAAUGUGAGAACCUGUGAACAUGUCCCGUUCUCUCUUUACUGGUCUCUCACGGACAUAUGUAACUUAGGCACAACAUGACAAGAGUUCACAGUCUGGGAACAACUUGUAAGAACUGUAAUUAGAAACGUGUUGAAAACCAAACUAAUGAUGCUCGUCUGCAGGCUUUUCCACUAGGACAGUGACCUUGUUCUGCAUGUCCCUGUGCUGUAAACCCCACAUUUUCAGUUACACUUUGAGCUCUGUCUAUCCCACCCAUAUUAAGUCCACAUUUUACUGUGGGUGUCUCUCUUUUUUAUACAGUCUAUGUCUCCUAGAAAGACUAGCCUAUACCAGUGAUGGGGUUGUUGGUUCCAUGGCCAAAUGGGCUCCAGGUCUUGUGUGAUAUUGUCCCAGAGGUAUUUGUUAUCUGGAUAAAGCAGUCAAUAUACUCGCGAGCCAUAACAGUCUUGUGCAUGCUACUCCACAUUUGAUGCAUAUCUGAAUGAAUGGCAAUGAUAUGAUUCCUUUGUGUGUGAUGGAAACGGUGGUUCUCUCUUUUCUGUUACGGAUGUGUAGUUAACGUGCAUUUAUGUAAUGUGACAGCUGGAAACCAAGCCACAUCUGGACCAGCCAUUUUGAUUUUACAGAAACCUAAAAUAACAUCAUUGAGAUAGAACAGUUGUACUUGUACAAAACCCAUUCUGAUUACAAAAGCAUCUCCAGGAGGAGUCUGUUUCCGCAGUUGCGGUGAGGUGGGUUUGCUCAGGAGGACUUUCCUGCAAGGGCAUCUUUCAAAGCCCAAUCAGCUGACUUUUAUGUCAUAGUGAUUCAGCUGAAGCAGAGAUCUAAUCAGUCGCCACCCUGUCAUCAUAUCAAUCAAAAAAAGGCCAUUUUGACCAUGCACCGUCUUUUUAUGUGAUAGAUGUGAUUAAACAGAGAGACAGAGACUGCUGGAUGCUGUCACAAAGUUACACUAUUGGAGCCUGAGAAUACAAU